CUGUUUUAUUUUGACAAAAAACAAUUUUGUUAUUUAAUAUUAAUAUUAAUUACUCCUUAGCAACGAUCAAUACCCGUUGUCAGAGUAAACAUCUAAAUAAAUAAAUGUAAGUAAGAUUGUGAUUACGCGAUGGCGGACUUACCUUUGUUACCUGGGUACUCCUUUCAAAAUUAUUUAAAUCAAGACCACAAACUUAAACAAAAAUUAAAUUACUCAAAUGCGGGUAGAAUUGUUAGUGACUCGAGUGUUGGAACGGGACGACGUCCCGUGGAUUCAAAGUCAUCAGCUUACGCCCAGGAGUCCCCUAAUGAAGUUAUAUACGACCCCUCACUGACUUAUGGAAGAUCAAAAGGAUACGCUUAUCGUCAAGUAAUACCGCAUUAUGUGUUGUACGCUCAAAAGUGUCUGAAUUUCAAGGCAUUUUUCCGCCAGAGUGUUCCCAAUUCCCCGGCUGAGUAUCACAGGAUACGUCAUGUCAAUAUUAUUUAUUUUCUUGAGGAUGACACAAUGUCAGUUAUGGAGCCCGCGGUUGACAAUGCGGGUUUUAAGCAGGGCAGGCUGGUACGUCGUGGAAAAAUUCCUAAAAUCAACGGCGAGUUUUAUCAUUGGAAAGAUUUAAAUAUUGGUAUUGAUUUAGCAAUUUAUGGAAUAGUUUAUCACACGGUGGACUGUGAUACCUUCACUGAAGAAUUUAUGCGAAGCCAGGGAAUUGAUUUAGGAGAAAAAGAGACCCCGCCACCGGACUCUUACACCCAGGAGCGUGUCGCCAAAGAAAAUGCUUCACGAGCAGCAUUAUCAGCGACCCGACGUACUCGUCCAGGUGUCGAAGAUCCAAGACGAAGGUUUUUGGAGUUUGACGGGAUGGUUUUGACCUUCGACGCGACCUGGAACGACGACCGCUAUCAGGUUUUGUACUUUUUGACGGAUGACACUAUCGCGGUGAGGGAAAUUCAGGUGACUAAUUACGGAAAAGACCCAUCAAGGUUACUCUUAAAGAGGAUGAAAGUUCCCAAAAAUUGGAGCGAUGUUCCCAAUUCGUUUCCGAGUAUUUACAUGGAAAGAUAUGAUAAUAAUAAUGGUGACUUUUAUUCGCCGUCUGAUUUAAAGGUCGGAGAAACAAUUUUUAUCUUUGGUCGUAAAUUUUAUUUUUAUGACUGCGAUAAUUUCACGAGGAAGUAUUACAGUGAAAUGCUUAAUAUUCAACAGCCGGCGCGAGUGUCGGCGGGAAUUGAUAAUGAUGAUUAUUAUUAUAAUAACUCGGAAGCAAGAAAACGCUUACAAAGACAAAUUAAGGAAAAUAAUAAAGAAGAUGUGAUAAGGAAGAUAUUUAAUCACCCAAAAAAACUUCGGUAUUUAGUGAGCAUGAUUGCUGUGCACCCGGAAGAUAAAGACCGUGAGUUUGUUCUUGAGUACAGUCUCAGUGAUGGGAAAAUAAAAAUAACCGAAAUAGAUAAAAGGAACUCUGGACAUCGGGGUGGAUGUUUUUUGGCGGCAAUGCUCGUACCAAAGAGUAAAAUUUAUCGAGCUGACACCGACAAUGAUCAAGUUGUUUAUUACACUCCAGAGGACUUUUUUAUUGGAGCUGAAAUAAAUAUUUUUAAUCACAGGUUUGUAAUCACUGGGGCUGAUUUAUUUGUACUCAAGUACGUGGAAGCUAACAGAGAUAAAUUUCCUACCUAUGUUGUUGAUAAUAUAAAGAAUUAUUUCGAUAAUCAAGCUACUUCUGGUGAUGAAUUAAUAAGAGAAUCUGCUUUGGAUAAAAUGGAAGACUUGCACUUACAAGAACCAAUUCAUUCUACUAAAUUGGCGGAUCCUCCGCAAGCGCAGAGAAUUAUUGAAAAUUUGCAGAGUAACUCGGGUGGAGAUUCUGAAAAUCGACCUGGUUCUACUAGACAAAUUUCUUGGGCUGAUCAAGUUCCCGUACUUUGCAAUAAUUAAUUCUUUUACAAAUAAAAUUUUUUACAGAUACAAAAAUUAUUUGGCUUAAUUUUUUUA